CGAGGGGUGUGCGUCCGAAUGCUGCUCCAGCGGAGCAGCCAGCUCUUCGCUCCUUCGCCCUCUCUGCGCCUUAAGCAGCUCUCGCCAGUCCUCAGCGGCCACUGAGCUUCUCCGCAAGGGGACAGUAGCGCUGCACCGGGAACGCGAGCAGAGCUGGCAGGGUCCGCGUAGGCUCACCCCGCCAGGAGGCUGACCCUUCUUCAGCCGCGCUGAGGCACAAGAAAGACACUCGCGCAAAGGCUCAGGGUCGCUCACUGCGCGCGCGCGGGCACUUCCUGGAACGUCAAUUGGCUAACAGAAGGCAGGUUUCUGGAAACUUCGGCCACAGAGGCGCUAAGAGCGGGAAACGGCUGCCGCGGGGGGACUUGAGUGCGCAGAAGGACCCGCGUCCCCUUAGCCGGUGCAGAGCGUGCAGACAGGGACGGUAGCGUGCGCCUCGCCGAGUUCUUUCUUUGUUUUCUUUAAAUGACCUUUAUUCUUUUAGUUUUACCAUGCAGAAUAUAGAAAAUACAGAUAAGCAAAUACGAAAGGGGAGAGCUCCCGCCGUCACUCACAGAUAGACACGUAGGCCUUUUUCGUCUAGUCGCUUGGCGCCCAAUUUCGGGAGGCGGGGCGGCGUCGCUAUUGGCUGGGCGCGCUGUCAGGCGCGCUCACCCGCUCGCCGGCAGGCUGGGGCGCUCUCGCUGCUGUAAGGGAUCGUGCGGCCCGGGAGCAGCGCGCGGAAAAAGAUUUCUGCUUGGAAGUUAAACAGCUACUGGGAAAAUGGAUAUCAGUAUUGAUUUGGAAACUGACUGUCCUGAGCUGGUUCUGUAUGUGGGAAGAGUCACUCUUGGGGAGAAGAACAGAAAUAAAAUGAAUCCUCAACUGAGAAAAAUGCAGAAUUAUAAAAUCUCACAAGCUGUGUGUGGUAAAGUGAAUUCUGGAGGGGGAGUGAUCAAGGCUAAAAUUGAGAAUGAAAACUAUAGUUUCAAAAGUGAUGGAAUAGGAUUAGAUUUGGAAAAUUCUUUUCAGAAUAUGCUUCUGUGUGUUCCUAAAUACCUAGACUUCAUGCAGCAAGGUAACUACUUUCUGAUUUUUGUCAAAUCAUGGAGCUCACAAAUCACUGGUAUGAAAAUUGUCACCCUGAGCUCCAAUUUGUACAAAAGAGAUGUGACAUCUGUAAAUGAUAGUCCCAUGGCUGCACUGGACUUCCUCAAAGACAGGAAAGAAAGUGGAGAGUGGUUGUCUAUAAAACAUUUAUCGCCUCCAAAGAGAUUCCGUUUUGAUGUACAAGAAGAAAGUAACAUAGAGGCCUUGGCUGCUGACGUUUUUAACAGGACGCGACUUAGGUACAAAGGAAAACUCAUCUUUACUGAAUCCACACAUGUUGAAAUGAAACAAUUCUCAACAGAAUAGUGGUUUCAACGCAUUAAAGAGAUUCUUCCUCAACAUGUUUCUGCAUUUGCAAAUACUGAUGGGGGAUAUUUGUUUAUCAGUGUGAGUGAAGAUCAACAAGUAAUUGGCUUUAAAGCAGAGUUGAGUGAUCGUGACAAGUUAGAAAGAAAAAUAGAAACAUCCAUCAGGAAGUUGCCCGUCUAUCACUUCUGUGGGAGGAAUAGGGAGAUAAAUUACUCGUGCAAAUUCCUUGAAGUCUAUGAUGAAGGACGUGUUUGUGGGUAUGUUUGUGCUCUCAAAAUAGAGCGAUUCUGCUGUGCAGUGUUUGCUAAAGACCUGGAUUCCUGGCGUGUGGAAGACAACCGUGUGAGGCAGAUAACCGUGAAUGAAUGGAUCCAGUUCAUGGUGGAUGGAAUCUAA